CUCCGCCGGGCCGGCAGCGGGGAGUUCGGGGGCAGCGCAGCGGGGCGGCGGCAGCCGCGGGGCCGGCAGCGCUCGGCCACCUCCGUCGUCCGCACUUUGUCUGCCAGCGGAUCCCCGCCUCGGGCGGCAGCGACUUGAUACUUGCAAGCUUUCCUGCUUUGACAGUAAUCAUCAUGGAUAGUGUGUUCUUAACAGAGGACAAAGCCAAUUCUGUGUUAAAAAGAUACCCGAGAGCCAACACAUUUUUGGAAGAAUUAAAGCAAGGUAACAUAGAACAUGAAUGCAAAGAAGAAAUCUGUAGCUAUGAAGAAGCAAGAGAAGCAUUUGAAAAUGAGGAAAAAACGAAGGAGUUCUGGAAAGACUACAAAAAUGGACUUCAGGGAGAAAGUAACACAGGACAUACCUGGUAUUCAUUUUACCUUGCAUUUCCAUUAAUCAUUGGCCUUUUUGUUAUCCUCAUUGUCAUUUUUGUCAUAUGGAGAUGCCUCUUUAAAAAGAAAAUGCGUAGACAGUCGGUGUACGUGCAUAGGGGAGCCCACGAAGCGAUGGGUGAUGGUGCUGUGGCUGACGGUAGAGGUCCUCUUCCACCGCCUCUCAGCAUUGUUCAUUCCCCACAGGAGGAAAUGUAUGAAGUCAGUGGGCUCUCUCCAGGAGGUCUGAGCUAUACAGAUGGACGGUCAGACUCAAUAUCCACAAGGUUCUCAAACUGUGAUCCUCCUCCUUCAUAUGAGGAAGCCACUGGUGAAAUCAGUAUGAGAAGAAGUGAAACUGAACAACAUUUAGAUCCACCCCCACAAUAUGAAGACAUAGUAAAUUCCAAUUCAGCCGGUGCAAUUGCACUAUCUCCUGUUGUCACCAGUGCUAAAUGAAGCAAGAAGAAUGCUAUGGACUUCUUAAAAAUUACUAAUCAUUUUGUAGCACUUUAUCUUGGCUUAUUAUGCAUUUCUGUAAUUUAAUGGACUUGUACAAUGAAGUUCACUUUUGUUUUAGAUUCACUUGGGUUUGGGUUUGGUAUUUUUUUUCACUACAGCAGGUCUUGAAAGAUAAGGAAUCUAUAUUGAGAGUGUAGUGCGGGUAUAAAUGUGGUGCUCUAUCAUACUUCUCAAAAGUACCUUCUCUUUGAGGGAUGUCACUUGUUUUAUUCUGAACAUUGUCCACAUUCCCCACAAGACUUGUGGAAUCCCCCUCCCUCCCCUUUCUUACUGCAGACUGUCAGAGUUGUCUGAAGUAGGGAAUCCUUAAGGAACAUUUUAGAUAGUUAUUUACACUAAAGGGGACUGAUUUUGCAGUAUUGCCUCUUGUCUUUUGUUACAUUCUGCACCGUAACCUGGGCCCGCGGAAGGCUGCGAGCAGUCUGCCUUUGUGUUCAAACCAGUAUCUCGUUAGAGUAUGCUGGCUUAAUAGCAAUAAUUUCAGAGUCCUAGCGGAAGAGGUGUAUUCUAAAGCUUUUGCUAUUACAACUCAAAAUUCUGUAAAUGCUUAGAAGCUAACAAUUCAAGAUACUAAUUUGUGAACUUAAUAAUGUACUUUUUUUUUUAUCUAUGUUCUGCCUUUCCUGUCUGUUUUUACUUGUGUAUUAUAGAGGUGAGAAGUGUGUAUAUGUGACCUUUAGAACUUGAAAGUUCAUGCAACAGUAAAUAAUGAAAUACUGAAAUACUCCGAAUGGAUAAAAUCCUGAUCAUAGUCUUCCUACCACAGUCUUCACUGGGACCAGGAUAUUAUCCUUAAACACUUAAACCCAAAGGUAUUACUUUCCUUUUAAAAGGGAAAAAAAAGGGAAAGCAUUCAGUGUGUGUGACUUUUUUUUUUUCCCCCAACUAUGAAAUAAAAACCCCUUUCUCAAAUCCUGAUACUCUUUUGCCUCUCGCAUAGUUACAUGUACUGUGUGUGCACCUUGUAUUGGACGCUAUGGAAAUCCUUUGCAGAGACUAUAGAUACCUUUUUUUCAACAACAAUUAUAUUUAUCACUUACCUGUUCUAACAAGAUGCUUCUGUUGCAGAAGCUAACAAUAUGUUAUAAUGAAGUAAAGCUACUUUUUUCACUGUUUUUAAGAACAGCGUAGUGCUUUUAUCCAUGACAUGAAUUCUUAAAGCACACUUCAUUCUCAGUCUACACAAGCCUCUUGGGUUUUUUUCACAGCUCUUAGGUUAUAGGUGCUGGGAAGUGUGUUAGUCCAGGCUGGCUCUGCUGUCUCCAGCUGUGAGCUCGAGUCCACCUGACUGGGCAGAACUGUGAGGUCGCAUCGUGUUGUAUUUCUACAGGCAUCCCCCCGAGCGUUAGUCUGGAGUGACUUUUUGAGGCUGAAGAGAUGUGGAUUUCUUGUCAGACUCGAUACAAGUUAGAAUAGAGGCUCGUACAGAAUUUCAACCAGCUGGUUUAGAAGCUGAUGAUAGUUAAGCUGGUGCAAGCUGUGCUGUGGCAAUUCUUUUUUCCCAGCUUGAUUUAAAAGUUCAUUGCGUGGUUUGACUUGCGAAUAUUGAUUUCAGUUUUCUUUCCACCCCACAUGAAGGUAGCGUGGCAUUAGCUUUAGUAUUGCUCUCUGUUCUACUCAUGUACUAGCACCGAUUGACAUGGGCUUAGCCCUGAAGGACUGCUGCGUUGUGUUGGCUUUCUUACUACAGAAACCCAAACUGCAUCUUAUUCCAAAGACCCCAAAUGAAGUGUCGGUGCCAUCCAUUUGAAACUGCUGUUGAUGUCUGACGUGUGCUGGUGUCUACCGUCUCAUGGGGGCUUAGCCCAUCUUUUCCCUAAGAAAUCUUACAGAAAGCUGCUGGAAAAGAAAUGUAUGGUCGUAGAUGGGUGUGUAUGUGCACACUUCUGUGAGAAUUUGGUAUAAUGUACUGACAAAUGAAGUCAGGAUUUUAUGAUUAAUUUUAUGCUCUCAUUUUUGACAAAGAGGAGGUUGCCUAACUUGUCUACUGGGGAUCUUCAGUUGCUAAGGCAAGUUGUAUUAAGAGUUAAUGGAUGAACUCCAGGCCAAACUGUUGUCAAAAAAGAUCACUCUGACUUAUAUUUAUUAUUUACAACAGAGAUUGGGCAGAUAAAAACAAUAUGGUUUGGACACUUGUAGUAAGAAUUUCCUGGGUCUUGUUUUUGGACUGUCUGACCUUUUCUUUUGAAGUGGUUUUAGCUCGUGUGUCCUGAAUUGCCACUUGUAGAACUUAAAACUCCUUUUAUACAAAGCAACAGUUUUGUACUGCUUUAGGCAGACGUUACCAAAACAAAGUGCCUCAUCUCAACAUGCAGGAACCACCUCAAAAAGAGCUGGUAUUUCAAUGUCCGUGCCAUAUUGGCAUCUCCUGUGCCUGCCAGCGCAUCUGGCAGUUUUAGCAGUGACUUUUUUCGUUUGGGUAUAAGACUCUCCUAUAGGAAAUGCAUGGAGAUCAUCACCCAUUUCACAUUAGGUCACUCAGCAGCUGUCAUCAUCCCCUGAACGUGGGCAGUCUAGUUUAGAAAUGAGCUGGCUUUCUUUUUUCUUUUUUUCUUUUUCUCUCUCUUCUAAUGCUAUAUUCCACUACCACUUUUAACAGCUUUAUGUUUCCAGUUCCUAAGUUGAGUAUCUUGCUGUAUCCUGUAGAUACUUCUAUGUGCAAUGCAAAAAUCAUGCUCAUCUUUCCAAAAAAGCCACAACCAAAUAUCUAAAAUGAUCUGUGAGUUGAAUUCAUCGGGCUAUGCCUUUUCCAUGUACAUGAGCGUGAAUGCCAUUGUGGGCCAUAAACUUAUGCUUUGGUGAAUAUAUUUCAUAAUUAAACAAAACUUGUGUGCCACAGUUAUCCAAAUGUAUUUUCUCUAAGACAUGAAUAGCUUUCUCCAUGUUGUAAUAGUGUUGAAUUACAAAAUACUUUCUUCUGUUUUGUGAAAUGUGGGAAAAUAGCUUAGUCUUGUGGCUGACUUUUCUAAUCUGAUUGAAAAAUAAAAUUUCAUUUGUACUGCGUUUUUAUACAGCUUUUUUUUUCCAAAUCACUUAGUAGUUUUACCUACUGUGUAAUUGCGUUGUCAUGCAAUAAAUACUUAAAUUUAUAGUUGUACCUCUCUCAAGGUUUUGCAAAUCUGAUGCAGUACUCUCUUGACUGACAUGAAUAGUCAGGAUACUGCCUUCCCCACUUUUGAAUGUAACAUUGAAUUUCAUCUUGUAUUACGAUUGCGAUGAUCUGUCUACUAAAACUUUAACAUGUGUUGCUGUUUUAAGAAAUGAUGGACAUUAUUUGCUUCGAAUAUUUAGCAUUAGUGGAGGUUGUUCUGUCUUCACUGGAUGUAAAUAACCUCUGAUUACAGUAUUGCAUAUUUUAAAAGGGUUUGGUUUACAUUAAAUUAUCCUAUUUAAACAUUUUUGCCUAUGUUUAUAGAAAAUUUUUUGUAACAUUUGGUUUUGGAUAUGCUAAAUAAAAUUUUUUUAAGAUGC